UCUCAAAAUGGCGGACGUCGAUGACCGAGGUUCGGCUGGCGGCGAAGAAGAAGGCAAAGAUCUCUGGUCGUCGAUUUUGAGUGACGUUUCAAGUUCAGCUAGUCGAAAAUUACCCUCUAACAAGGCGAUUGUGCUGUUAGGUAACGAUGGCUCGGGGAAAACGACGCUGAUUUCAAAGCUUCGAGGUAAAGAAGAUGAAAUAAGUAAAGGUCACGGACUGGAAUACACAUAUUUGGAUGUUCAUGAUGAGGAGAGAGAUGACAGUACAAGAUUAGGGGUAUGGAUAUUGGACGGCGAUCCUCUUCACAAAGGUCUUCUGCAAUUUGCCAUCACACCUAAAAGUAUUACUAACACUCUUAUCGUUCAAGUUGUGGACAUCUCUAGACCAUGGACAAUUAAGGAAUCUUUGCAUUCGUGGACAGAAGUUCUUCGAGAACACAUUCAUUCACUGAAACUACCGCCUAAGGAGUUAAACGAAAUGGAGGAACGAAUUGUGCGGCAAUUUCAAGAGUAUGCAGAACCAGACGAAACAACAGAGGACAGGAGAAGAUCAGGAAUAAAAGAUGAAGACAAGGUUCUUCUUCCACUUGAUGAAAAUGUACUCACAGACAAUCUUGGUCUACCUAUGGUAGUUGUCGUCACUAAGACUGACUGCAUGUCUGCACUUGAAAAGGACAGAGAUUAUAGAGAGGAGCAUUUUGAUUUUAUUCAACAACACAUCAGAAGGCACUGCUUGAAAUAUGGUGCUACAUUGUUUUACACCUCUGUCAAAGAAAAUAAGAACUGCACACUAUUACACAGAUACUUAGUCCAUCAAAUAUAUGGCCUACCAUUCAAUAGUCCAGCUCUGGUUGUGGAUAAGGAUUCAGUAUUUAUUCCAGCAGGUUGGGACUCUGUAAAGAAGAUAAACAUUCUUAGUGAACACUUGAAAAAUAUCCAGGCUGAUGAUGCGUUUGAUGAUCAUAUUGUUAAACCUCAACUGAGAAAGCCAAUACAAGACAAAGAAGUUACUGCAGAGGAUGAACAAACAUUCCUCGCAAAACAACAGCAAUUGCUUCAAAAGAUGCCUGCUACUGUGUCAUCUGGCAUCGCUAGACCACAACCGGACAUAUCUAAGCCCCGUGCUCCAGCGAGCCCUAGUGGCAGGAUAACUUCAGACAGAAGGCCUUCAGGUGGAGCAAUCUCCGCUUCGCCCAGAGGAGCAAAGGUCGAAGGUGGAAAACCAGGCGCAGGUGCGGGCACCAGUGAAGGAGUACUGGCCAAUUUCUUCAACUCGUUACUCAACAAGAAGAGCGGGACUGGUGCUGCCAUGGGACGAGGCGGAACAGCUGUCAGAAGUGAUGCUGCUGCCGAGUUAGAUCGUAUGAACAGAGCCAAGAAAAUGGUCUCCCCAGGAAACGCGGCUAACGACACGACAGAAUCAUCGUAGGUGUGGCAAUUAGUUUAAUAAGUUGUAGAGGAUGUACAACAGACUUUUGUGACGUGCGUUCGGAUUAAGCGCUUUCAUGAAAUUUAUUUUGUAUAAAGCUAGGCUCUUAUAAUUUGGUGUAGGAUAUGAUAGUUUGGAGAAAAGAAAAGUAGAAAGAUGUACGUUGUAUUCGACACAAAGAUAUGGGGAGAACUUUUAAAACACAAUGGAAGCCGUGAAUUGUGCCCAAAGUCCGUUUUUAAAUGGUAAAAGCAGAAGUUGGAAAGUAACUGUUAAGUUACCGAGUGAAAACAGCGUUUGUUGUCAAUAGAAAAGUGAUGAAUGGCGAAUGGAAAUGUAGUGCAUACUGAUGAAAAAAAAUUAUAGUUUUGUCUUGGUGUAGACUUUAGACAAAUAUGUUGUUGAUCCUCGAAGGCGUCAGACUCAUCGAGCUUGGGGUCGUUUUUGGAAGGUCAAUUCCUGAAAAGUUAUCGGGGUUUUAAAGGUCUCAAAAUGUGGAGAACACGAAAUAUAAAUUUUAUAAGCCGAUGAAAGUUUAUCUAAGGCUUUUUUUCAUCAGUGACAAAUUAUCACCCGUAAACUCUCGUUAAUUACGAUUUUAGAUACUUUUCCAAGAUAUGUGUCAACAGUAAGUGUGUACCAACAAAAAGAGUAUCGAUAAAUUAUUUCUAAUUCGGAGUACGUUCACUAGAAGGUGAGCAUGUCCAGAAACGUAAAUAACUGUCAGCUAAAUUCGCUCAGGACCCGCUGCUAAUGAAUGACCUAUUAUCUUGUGGAUGGUUGUGGGAGAUAAGAACUCUUCUCUUGCAAGUCCGUUUCACUUGUAGUUUGUUGGGUAAAUUAGGAUUCUGACUUCGGCAUUCCCUGUUUCACGCAGCAAAAGCGGGGCGAGCGAGGAAAAAACACGAGAAGGAGGGGGUGUGGGGCAUAAGAGAGCGACCGAACGACUUCCCUUUAAGUAUUUCUUUCGGUAUGACAGAUCCUGUCAUACUCUCUUACUGGUAAAUUUUGUCACGUAACGUCAUUACAUCGCCAAGUGAGUCGUUCAAUUCAUCCACUGAGAAGAAACGUGCCCUCCUCAUGCGCGUGAUCGAAAUGUUUCUUUUCCCCACCCGUUUUUUUGCUUAUCUCCGCUGAUCAAGAACAUAUGACAUGAACAUUGUAAAUGUCAAGAUCAUGAGACAUAUUGCAGAAAAAUCCUCCCAAAUCUUAUUGUAAAUUAUUCUUUAAUAUUUUUUAUUCCGCAACAAGGAAACAAAUUAGGAUGAUGAUUUUGGAGUAAGUCGCAAAGAACUUACCAAUUGGAAAUAUGUCUGGCAUAUUUGAGGAACUUAAAUUGAUCGCUCUCGAACUAUGACAGAUAGUUUUUUGUUCGUCCAUUGUUGCAGUAAUUCAGAGUCUAUUUUGUAACUUAAUUUCCUUGUGUUUGUGGUGACAAAGCUGUUUUUUAUUCAAUGUUUAUUUUGUUAACAAGGAAACAAAUUAGUUUAAUCUGUUUCUAUCCUCUGAAAGCUGUCCAUAACCUUUUUUCAGUAAUGAUAAAUAUUGUCUUGUUCUUGUAAUUCGUUUAACACUUGAAAACUUUCGUCUUGGGGCUUAUGAUUUCGAUUUGUGACGACCAAUACCACUGGAAGAAAGCCUAGAUUUUUCCAGAAUUCAAUUUGUGCUGCGCGAUUCUCUUUGAGAUAUUAGAAACAUCACUUUCUUCAUCUGUUCUUUGAUUCUUUGACAUUCACGUUGACAUUUGCUUUGAUCUAGUUUCGUUGAUAGAAUUAAUGGUUAGAUUAAGCAAUAGCAAGUUCGUAAUAGUCUGCCCUGGGCCUGAAGAGUUCUUCUGGCAAAAAAUCUUGCCAUGAUGAUUUUGUUUACUUGGUUUUACUAUCCUGUUGGCGCAGCCUCAGUUGAGUGUCGAAGAACCAAAACCAAGGUAAUUCCAGGGAUCAAUCAGAACAAAGGUUUACAUUAUCAAUUGCCAAUGAGAACUCAAAGUGAAAAUAACCAAUCACGUGUUUCGCAUAUGAUUGGUUAAGAGGAUGGCACUAGAUUUCUGGACCAAUCACAAACCAAAUCAUACUGGAUUACUUUCGACACUCAGUUGGCAGUAGGCCAUUUAACAGUUGUAUGCUUAGUUGCCAAGCCUUUGAUUUGGAGUGAGGCUGAAGGUGACUGGUUGUGAUAGAGACCAAUAUCUAGUUAGCAUGGUAACAAAGUAAUUUACAUUUGAAAAGCAGCAACGUUUGCAUCAUCACGAGGUCACUCUAAGCCUCAUUUCUGUUCAAAGCUUUGGCAACCAAGCACGCCACUGUAAAAUGGACUAAUACUGUAAUUCCCCAACGAUUUGGAGACUAUAUUGUCUUCAAUUUUGGAGGUGAGACGAAAGGUAGUCGAUGGUUUUACGACUCGUCAGCCCAAUUUAAAUCUGUGUAAAAUGGUAUUUUCCAUUCAAGAUGCAAUUUGAUAUGUAUAUUUUCUAGGUAUUUUUGAUAGUGGUGUUGGUCGCCAUACUACCUUUAGUGAAGAAAUGGCAAAGAACGUAGGUUCCUAAGUUUAUCCUUUAAUUCAAUCAUUUCUUGGCUUAAAUUAACUUUUGGACAACUUUCCUUGACCUUUUUUAAUCCCAAAAAAUGGAGCUCUUUGAAGUUGUUUUCCUGAGAACAGUUGUCAUCCCAGUGGUGAAUGUUAGGUAAGCUAUUUAUUGUGCUGUCCGUGUACAGUGUCUGUUAAAUCUAUCCAAAAGUAAAUACCAGAUAUAAGCUGUAAGAUUAUCCAUAAUAAACCUUGUUAAACGUU